UAAAUAAACAAACAACCCUAUCUGAUAACAUAUACAUUUAACCUAAAUACACAUAGCGCGUGAAAGUAAAUUCACUUGCAACAGAAGUGGUUUACACUGCUAGAAUAUGGCGGCCACACUUGACAAGGAAUUCUUUGGGAAAACAUCGAAAGGCGAGGACAUCUACAAGUUUACGUUCACCAACGGCAACAACGUCAGCAUCAGUAUUUUGAACUUUGGGUGCGUCGUCUAUGAGAUCAACCUUCCCGACAAGGACGGUAACGUCACUGACGUCAACCUGGGCUUCGACAACGUCACAGAUUAUGAGGUAAACAACAACUAUUUCGGAGCGCUCUGUGGCCGCGUGGCCAACCGGAUAGGCGGUGCAGAGAUGACAAUCGAUGGCGUCCAGUACAAACUGUCCAGGAAUGAUCCGCUAGGGGGUCACAUCUGUCAUGGUGGCUCCGUCGGAUUCAGCAGGCGAGUGUGGGACUAUGAAAUCAAAGACGAGAAACUCACACUCUCUUACAAGGACGCAGACGGAAGUGAGGGGUUUCCAGGUGACGUCACUACCCACGUGACCUUUAGCCUCGAUUCCGAGAACACGCUCACGAUGGAUUACGUGGCUUCGACAAACAAGCCUACUGUGGUCGAUAUGGGCAGCCAUUUCAUGGUGAAUUUGGGGGGUCAUGACAAAGGUCCAAUACGAGAUCACGUGAUCACUAUUGCAAGUGACAAAUAUCUGGACAUAGGGAAAGAUUUCCUCCCCUCUGGUAAAACCAUCAGUGUCGAGGACGACAAGAUAAUGGACUUCCGGUCACCGCGUGAUCUAUGUGGGGAGACGCUUGAGAAGAUGAGCGGCGAAUGCGCUUUUCACCAUGCCUUCCGGUUUGACAAAAGAGGCGAGAGGAAGCUCAUGGCGAGGGUCGACCACCCGCCCAGCAAGCGUUUCAUGGAGGUGUACUCCACCAACACGACGGUGUUCGCCUACAGCAACCACUUUAUGGACGUCAUAGUCGGCGACAAGCCCUGCAAAGGGGGCGUGGUCUACCAAAAAUACGGCGCCAUUGAGUUCAUGCCUAUGGGGUAUCCAAAUUCCAUUAAGAUGCCCGACUUUCCCCAGUCCGUGUUGAGGCCUGGGGAGGAAUACCACGAGGUGGCCUGUUACAAGUUCGGUGUCGCUGAGUAGGGCCGCGGAAUAAACUCGUGUGGGCUACAUGUUGAGUACCGCUGUGCAAUAGACGUUGAACAAUAUUUGAGCAUGAAUGAUUGAUUUAUCAGAGUUUUAAUGCAGGAGUUUUGUAGCUGUUAAUUUUGAUUUUAUGUCAUUUUAAAUAAUAAUUACCCAAUAAAUGUACGUAAAAUGUGUUAGCAACGCCAAAAAAAAUAAUAAAAAACUUACAUUUUUUUAAGUAAAGAAAGUACGAAUAAAUAUCGCAUUAGUUCAGCGGUCAUUCAUUUCGAAGGAAAACACGGAACUAAAGUGCAUGUUCGUUUGGACUCGGAUAUAUUUACAUAGAGAAAUGAUGAAGUUUGUAUUCAUGGUCAGGAAUUAAAGGUCGUUUUUACUUAAAACAAUAUUUAAACAAAUGAAUACAUGUAUUAAUAUA